AUGUUUCCAACGACCUCAACAACUGGUGAUGAAUUUCCCUCGGAGGCACCAGAGGCCUGUCUCUCUCGAAUCAGAGCUCUCCAACAUGCGCAUGAGACGGCUGAGAAACUGAAUAUCUUGAUCGAGAAAGCGGGCGCGGGUACCUGGCCCCCCUGUGCCACGCACGGCGAUGCCUGGCCAGCGCCCCUGCAGGCGUAUCAUGACAUCUACCUCACUCUGGCACCGCUCCUGCCAACAACAGAGGCUCUUUGCGAUGACAGAGCUAACGCGGUCCGCAUCGACGCUUUCAGAACGAGGAUGAAGACGCUUCUGCGCGAGCGAAUCAACCUCGCUGCGGUUGAGAAUAUUCUCGGCUCCGGCCAGGACAAGGUCUCAGCAGACGCGUGGAACGGGUUCUUCGGCUGCAUUGCCAUUUCUAGACAUGCCUAUAGAUGGGCCACCAUUCCAGUUGUAAAGGCUGCCCAACAAGACAAGCUCAUCUCCUUCCCCGCCGAACUGGACAUCCCCUGGACACACCUCCAGAAGCGAUACGGUGUGGCAUCUGCUGGUGGAAAUGUCACAUCGAAUUACUUCUGCAAUUUCACGACGGACGGGACCCUCGUAUACGAAAUCAACCACGGGAUGUCCGAUCUCAUUAAGACGGCCGAGUAUAACUUCGGGCAUAUUUUCCCCGCCAUGGAAAGAUUGGCACUUCCCAUAUACGAGCACAUCGUCGCCGCCACCAUCGCCUUUACCUCUUGUAACAUCCCCACCACACUCCGCCACCUCCGCGCUAUUAACACCCACCUCCGCUUUCCCCUCAAAAUCUAUUACGACACUCUCACAGACACUAAAAUAUCCCGCAGCAUUUGGAUGACAUAUGUCCAGGGUUUUCAAGGCUGGGGCACCGGCCACCUCACCGCCGAUGGCGAAUACAUCGAAUACGACGGGCUAUCGGGAAACCAGCUCCUGCUGCCCAUGAUCAUAGAUGCUUUCAUCGGGAUACCGCUGUACUUGACGGAGGAGAACAUGAAGCGAUAUAUCCCCGUGCAGCAGCGGGAGUUUGUGGAUUCCGUGCGGGAGCAUAGUUUUCGCGAGGUGGCGAGAGAGAGAGGGUUGAUGGACGUUGAGGGGGAGAUGCUGAGGAUUGUUAAGCAAAUGCGGGCGAGUUCCUCUCUUCCUCUUCAGCAUGGGCGAUUGUGCGGGGACGGUGCUGAUGUUGAAUGCUUGAUAGGUGUUUCGGGCGACGCAUCGGUCCAGGGCUAA